AUGCGCUUCAAAGCGUGCUGCUGCGGGCUAGAGACGGGCGAGCCGGCGGAUGCUGGCAGCGCGCAAGAGGGGGGCGCGACGAGGGCGGCGGCCUUCGGAGGCGGGGGGCCCUUAGAAGGCAGGGGCCCUCUCACAGAGGCCCCGGGGGCUCCCGAGAAGGCCGAGGGGCCCGGAGGACUCUUCCGAGGCCCGCUGCCGUGCAAGAAGCCCCCCCGCCAUCGCAGAAAGCCGCCCCCCCCCCUCGCGCCGCCUCCCUGCGCGGCGGGCUGCCCGUCGCUUGUCGGGCCAGGCCGCCGACUUCCUGAGGAGGAGCAGGCAGCGCAGGCCCUGCGCGGCGAGCUGGAGUGGCGCACGCAGACAUUCGCGGACGAUCCGGCGACGCUGGCUGCAGGGACGCGCCGCCAACGAGCGCGCGCCUCGAGCGGGUCGUAAAAGAGCCCUUAAGGGCCACGGGCGGUGGGCGGAGGCGCGCACGCCCGCGCGCCGCACCCUGUGGCGCACACCGGCUGCCGCCGGAGCCCGCGAGCAGGCCGCCGCGAGAGCAUCUCUGGGCCGACCACCAUCCCCACGGUCUGGGAAUUUAGGUCGAUCCCGCGAGAGAUGGACGAGGGCUUCAACACGACGCUGACCGUGAGAGCCCGCGGCCGAGCGCAAGGGCAAUAUGGACAGGCGGUGCCGGCCCGGGCGAGGGCACGCAGAAGGCACCGGCACGCCGCGCAGCAGAGGCCCUGCAGGGGCCAUGCCCCGGGCCCCAGCGCGGCGCUGGCGCGCCCUCCCCGCCGAGGCCGGGCGGGUCGGCACGCCAUCCCAGAGUUAGGUCUGGCAUGUCCCCUGCAGGCGGAUUUUGAACGAAUAGGUGAUCGAGAAUACCGAGUGACUGGAGCUAGACUGAGCGUCCGAGACGCUAAAGCCUAAAACCUAAGAUGACAUCAAGCCCAGGCGCGCCAAUCGAUAUAUUGGGCGCAGGCUCGCCGCCACGUGGGCCUGUCAAGCUCUGGUCACUAUUCGGGCACAUGCUCUACAGAGGUGCCAACUGAAAUAUUUCAAAAAUGAUCAGCACAUCCCAACUUCCCCCC